UUAAAUUGUGAUUAAAGUUUAUAACUUGUUGAACAUGAUGAUUAUAAUUUGGAUUAACAAUUAACCAUAAUCAUUGAGUUUAAAGUAAAUUUGAUUGAAAGUUUAUGAGCUCACGAAAUUUGUGAGUCCAUACAAAUCGGAAAAUCAGAUCAACGGUUAACCAAAUCAACUUAAUUUUAAUCAUCGAUUGAUUUUGUGUUCGAUAGCGAAAAACUUUGUUCCAAUCGGAAAGAAAUCAAUUUAAUCAACUUGGAAUUUAAGUUAAUUGUUCCAUAAUAAUAAGCUGAACCUUUUUCUUCUUGGUUAAUUAAAUAAAUUCACUAAUUCCAUUGGCAAGUUUCCCAUAUUUGAAUAGGACUCAAGGUGCAAAUCAGUUAAUUGUAUAAACUAUUAAGAGGUUAAUUAGUUAAGAGAGGAAGAGGGAUAAAAAUUAAGGUUAUUAACUUAAUUCUGAUUAUUGUUAAGAGUCAAAUUAGUAACAAUUAAGGUUGAUUAAAUAUGACGUUGGUCUCUGGUGAUUUCAAUCCAGGAACACGGAAAAAAACUGAUGAAAGUUACGAAGGUUACAAUGGAAAUGGAAAUGGUAAAAUAGAUGCUAAAAGUGUACGCAAUGAUAAACUGGAAAAAUAUAAUCAUCAUCAUAACAACAAUCAUUCAAGUAACUCAUCAUCAUCAACAUCAUCAACAGAAACUACAAUAAACCAACAGAGUAACGUUAAUUUAGUUAAUGAUGAUAAACAUUCCGGUCAAUCAAAUCGAGCUCGUUGGGGUUCCAAGUGGGAAUUUUUACUUUCAUGUGUUGGCCUAUCGGUUGGUAUUGGUAACGUUUGGCGAUUUCCUUAUUUGGCCUAUGAAAAUGGCGGUGGUGCUUUUUUGAUACCCUAUUUGAUCAUGUUAACCUUGGCUGGAAAGCCGAUGUACUUCAUGGAACUGGUCAUUGGUCAAUUUGCUUCCAAAGGACCGCUUUCAAUUUGGUCCUGUUGUCCCAUCGCAAAGGGUGUUGGUGCGGCCAUGGCCUGUGUUUGUUUCAUUGUUUGUAUCUUUUAUAAUGUUGUCCUUUCUUAUGCUGUUUACUUUAUCGGCGCUGUUUUCCGUUACGGUCUUCCUUGGACAAGUUGUGAUCAUGAUUGGGCGAUUGGUACUAAUUGUCAGGUUCGAUCUGGAAAUUAUUCGUUCAUUGAAGGAGCCAAAUCAUCGAGUCAAAUUUUCUGGGAGAGAAAAGUUCUUGAUUCAACAGAUUCUAUUGAAGAUGUUGGUGGAAUCAAAUGGGAUCUUGCUCUUUGCCUUGCAAUUAGUUGGCUAAUUACGGUUCUUUGUCUUGUCAAAGGAGUCAAAACAUCGGGAAAAGUUGUUUAUUUUGCAGCCACGUUUCCAUACGCCAUCUUGAUCUCUCUCCUUCUUGUUGGCUUUACUCGAACUGGAUCCUGGGAGGGUGUCAAGUACUUCAUUACACCUUCAUGGGAUAAACUGCUCUCUAUUCAGGUAUGGCUCGCAGCGGCAAGUCAAAUGUUUUUCUCGCUUGGUGUCUCGAUGGGUGCGUUGAUAAUGUACAGUAGUUACAACGAUUUCAGUCACAAUGUUUUCCGUGAUGCUAUGGUCGUUAGCAUAUUGGAUACAGUGACCAGUAUAAUUGCUGGUUUGGUCAUUUUCUCAGUACUCGGUGCAUUAGCUCAUGAACUUAAUGUUGAUAUAAAGGAUGUGGUCAAAAGUGGCCCUGGACUUGCAUUCGUCAUUUAUCCUGAAGCCCUUUCUCGUUUACCGUUCCCUGAAUUCUGGUCUGUUGCUUUCUUUGCAAUGCUGUUCAUUCUGGGUCUUGAUUCUGAGUUUGCGCUCCUUGAAAGUGUCAUUACCAGUUUAAGUGAUGAAUUUGCUUUUGUUCGUCGACAUCGAUUGAAAAGUGUCUUCGCCGUGGGUACAAUUUGCUUCCUAAUCGGUUUAUCGUGUGUCACCCGUGGGGGUAAAUUUGUCUUCGAGAUUCUUGAUUACUAUGGCGGUGGAUUACCUUUGGUCUAUAUUGCGGUCGCUGAAUGUGUCGCCGUUAUGUGGAUUUAUGGGUUUAAAAAUUUUACCUACGAUAUUUAUUAUAUGCUUGACCGUCGCACUGGUUGGUACUGGAGGUUAACCUGGGUUUGGACAUCGCCCUUUGUGUUGUCCUUCAUUGCCAUCUAUUCAUUGAUUACUCAUAAACCACUGAAAUUGGGUGAUUAUGAUUUCCCUUGGUGGGCCGAUGUUGUCGGUUGGUCAAUCACUUUGUUUAUACUUCUUCAAAUACCCAUUUGGGCCAUUUACCAGAUAAUUAAGGAGAAACGAGGGGAAGGACUAAUUGAGAAAAUUAAAUCGAGUUGUCAUGAAACUGAUGAUUGGGGACCUCAAGAUCCGGAAACAAAGAAAGAUUGGAAAUCAAAGUCAAAAGGCCUCGGAAGUGUUUUCAUGGGAGUUAAAUCAGAAUUUUAUGAGAAACGAGAAUCAGCGAAGCUGCAAGGGUUCACAAUGAACGGAGUUUCAUGAAUCUUUUUUUUCCUGUGAUUCCAAUUUUUGUAAUCUCAACAUCGAAUAAUUGAUAUGAUUGUUAUCGAACAAGAGAGAAAGAGAGAGAGAGAGAAAAACAAUUCCAAUUGAUUGAUUUUUUCUUCCAUUCGAACACCUUAAAAGGAUCAUGAACUAUAGUUAAACUGUUCAACUUUGAUCAACAAUUAAGAACAAUUAUAUCUUUAAUAGAUCGUUCAUCGAGUGUCCAAAAAUGACCUAAUAUAGUUAAUCCAAUGGAUUUUAAUUGUAAAUAUUCCCACCUAAAAACCGAUUUAUUAAUCCUCUUCGGUUUUUUUUCUCUCUUUCUCUCUCCCUCUGUGAUUUUUUUUUCUAAAUUUUGAUCAUAAAUCACAAUCUAAGCUUAUCCUUAGCUCAUUGUUGUAGCAUUUAAAUAGUUAUGAAUUAAUUGUCAUAAUAUUUUACAGAGUAACUUUUAAAGUGAAAUAAAACUUUUUUUUUCGAA